CUGAGCGCUGUGGAAAAAAAAUGGCCGCUCACGGAAUGAUUCCUGGAACAGAGAACAACAUAAAACACACUAGGAGGAGUGACAGCUGACCUACGGCGAGCCCAUUUAGAGCACAUACCAUCCUCUACCCACAUUUUUAACGGAUGGGUAAAGAGGCUUGUGCAAAGGGCCAUAAGAAACCACAGAGAGUCCGUUUAAGAAAUCGAAGGAAGCGGUCAGCUAGCUAGAAAGCUAACGUUAGUUAACGUUAGCUUGCUAGCUAGCUAGCUGCCUAACCUAGACAAGACAAGCAAGCCUAAAUCAGCACCUAACGCGUUGGUGUUGGUGGGUAGGUGUACAGUACUUGGAAUUUAAACUAGCCGAAAUCGCUUGAUUUAUAUUUCUGCUAGUAUGAGUGGACCCGGACAAGAUAGCGAGCCAGAAGCGAAAGUCCUUCACAUCAAACGCCUGUACAGGGCUGUGGUGGAAUCAGUACACAAGCUGGAUAUUAUCAUUAGUAGCAAGUUAUCCUACAGGGAGGUUUUCAAGCCAGAGAACAUCAGUCUGCGGAACAAGCUGCGCGAGCUAUGCGUGAAGCUCAUGUUCCUGCAUCCUGUCGACUACGGCCGCAAGGCGGAGGAGCUGCUCUGGAGGAAGGUCUACUAUGAAGUCAUCCAGGUCAUCAAAACAAAUAAGAAGCAUAUCCACAGCCGCAGCACUCUGGAAUGUGCCUACAGAACUCACCUCAUCGCAGGGGUGGGCUUCUACCAACACCUCCUGCUCUAUAUUCAGUCCCACUACCAGCUGGAGCUACAAGACUGUAUUGACUGGACGCAUGUCACCGACCCCCUCAUCGGUCGUAAGAAGCCUGUGUCUGCCACACCUAAGGAGAUGGAGUGGGCCCAGAUGGCUUGUCAUCGUUGUCUUGUAUAUCUGGGUGACCUUGCGCGCUACCAGAAUGAGCUGGCGGGCGUGGAGGCAGAACAGUUGUCUGAGCGCUUUUACCACCAGGCCCUGUCCGUCUCACCCCACGUCGGAAUGCCGUUUAAUCAGCUGGGUACGCUAGCCGGAAGUAAAUUUUAUAACGUGGAAGCCACCUACUACUAUCUGCGCUGUAUUCAGUCGGAAGCUCCCUUUGAGGGCGCCUAUGGAAACCUGAAGAGGCUGUUUGACAAAGCAGCCAAGAUGUACCAUCAAGUGAAGAAGCAAGAGAUGAAGAGGCUUUCGCCGUCACGCCAGAGGUCAAAGGACAUUAAGCGACUCCUCGUAAGCUUCAUGUAUCUGCAGAGUUUGCUGCAGCCCAAGAACAGCGUGGUGGAGACGGAGCUGACCUCACUUUGCCAAUCCGUCCUGGAGGACUUCAACCUGGUACUGUUCUACCAGGCUACGCUGAGCCACGGCAGCCAUUCGAUCAGCGAGGAGGACGAUGAACAUGACCUGGUGUGCUCCGUGCUUCCCGACAGCCUCGUCUUCAAGAUGGUGGUCAUCUGCCUUAUGGGAGUGCACAGCCUAAAGAGGGGAGGUUCAAAGCAGUACAGUGCCUCUAUUGCCUUCACACUAGCACUUUUCUCUCACCUGGUGAACCACGUCAAUAUCCGGCUGCAGGCCGAACUGGAGGAAGGAGAAAGCGAGGUCCCACCAUUACGACCUGACAACGUCGAUGAUGCUGAUGCCAGGGAGCAGGCUGGCAUGGUGCCCACAGAGGAGAGGCCACUCCAGAAUGGCUCAUUAGAGGAGGAAGAGGAGGAAGAGGAGGCAAAGGGCGAGGGCAGGGGUCUGACGGUGAAGAGCGGCUCACAGAAGCAGAGCGGAGAGGAGAAGGCCAAGCAGAAGAGGAAAUAUUCACGCCUGUCCAUGCUUCGCCGCCGACGUUGCGCCCGUGAGGAGGAUGAAAGCGACCUGAGUGAGGGCUUCGAAAGCGACGAGGAGGAGGACGAAGAGCGCGGCAGGCCUGCCGAUGGCACAGGGAUCACCCGGGCUCCAGCAAACAACCCGUCGAAGGAGGGCCAGACAGAGGUCGGAGGCCUGGUUGGAGAGGGUGUGUGGGAGAGCGGAUCCGAGGAGGAGGAGGAGGAGGAGGAGGAGGAGGAGGAGGGUGGCACGGCCUUCGACGUUGAGACCGACUCAGACAUGAACAGCCAGGAGUCGCGCUCGGACCUGGAGGACAUGGAGGAUGCAGGCAGCCCGGGCCAGGAGCCACAGCAUGACGAGGAAGAGGAGGAGCAGCAACCCCGGCCGGCCGGUGAUGAAGACUCCACGCCGCUAGCCAUCAAUGGCCCUCUGUUGCCUAGUGAUGCGAGCAUCAGCAGUAACCUGCAGGCUAUGUCUUCACAGCUCUUCCAGGCCAAGCGCUGCUUUCGUCUUGCCCCCACCUUCAGCAAUGUCCUGCUUAGACCCCCAAAUGCCUCUAACCCCACCCCUGAUUUGGAUCCCGCACCCUCAAAAGAAGCCACGCCUCCACCUGGGGAUACGCCCAACAAUGCAGCCCCAGAAAUUGCUAAUGGAACCAGUGAAAAUGAUGUUGAGUCUGAUACGGAGGGCAGUGAGCACAGCAACCAGUCAUUUCACAGUGAGAAAACACUGUCAGAGAGACUCGAGAUUUUGACCAACCAGGGUCUCAUUCAGGUUGUGAAGGUAUUCGUCGACUGGUUGAGGACAAAUACAGACAUCAUCCUUAUGUGUGCACAGAGUUCCCAGAGCUUGUGGAAUCGUCUUUCCGUGCUGCUAAACUUACUGCCUGAUGGAAGCAAGAUGUUGGAAGCAGAGCUCGGGCUCCGUAAGGAGGUACAUGAGCUGCUGAGCACCAGUGAGCUGCCUGACCUGGUGCAGACGGUACUACUGCCCGAGGACCAGGCCCUGCGCCAUCUUCCUGCCCUAAGCCUGGCCCACCGCCGCUUGGACUUCACUAGCCCACGGCCCAGCCUGAGCCCCCUGCAGGAGUGUGUGGUGCGCUUGUGCUGCAUCCGCAGCUUUGGCCACUUCCUCACUGGUCUCCAAGGCAACGUGUUGCACUUCAAUCCUGAGGCGGGCAUCUUCACCAGCAUAAGCCAAUCCGAACAAGAAAACCUGGUUCAACAGGCGAAGGCCCAGUUCCGCAUGGCUGAGGAGGAGGCACGCAGGAACAGACUCAUGAGGGACAUGGCACAGCUGCGCCUGCAGUUGGAGGUAUCCCAGCUGGAGGGCAGUCUGCAGCAGCCCAAAGCACAGUCGUCCAUGUCACCGUACCUGGUCCCUGACGCGGCCGCUCUGUGUCAGCACCUGAGCCUGCUCCGGCAGCUGGCUGCCUGUGGCUGCUUCAUCAUCAUCAUCCCCCGCACAGUCAUUGACGGACUUGAUUGUCUGAAGAAAGAAAAUCCAGGCGCACGAGACAGCAUUCGUUUCCUUGAAUCGGAGUUUCGGAAGGGGAAUCGAUAUAUCCGCUGCCAGAAAGAGUCCGGCCGGAGCUUUGAGAGGGACAAGCUGAAAAGACAGGACAUCGAAGCCUGGCACCUCUACAAGAUGGUGGACAGCUGCCGCCAGCUGACAGGCUCUCAGGCCAGCGGUGACGAGGACACAGCCGGAAUGGUGACCGUCCUGACAGGCCACACGGUAGAGGAGCUGGCUGAACGUUCUGUCCCAAUGAAGUCGGCCGUCCAGGCUGUAGCAGCGGCGGGCAUGGAACUACAGAACAUCGUAGAGUUCUACCGGCAGUGGAAGGAGAUGGGCUGAGAGAGCCCAAGGGAGCGGGGACCGGCCCGGCGUUCAGCUGAACACACAUUCACUCCCUCUUUCUUUUUCUUUCUUUCUUUUUCUCUCUCUCUCUCUCUCUCUCUCUCCCCCAUUCUACUGCUCUGUCUGUAUCAGCGUCUCUGGGGUUAUAAAGAAAAAAACCAAAUCAAAAUGUUCCAGGUUGGAGAGAUGAAAAGAUGGCGGGUGCGCUGGCAUUUGGAGUAAGAAGUCUGAAGCUUUAGGGGCUUAACCCGGAAAGCAGCAGCACCUUGGCCCCAGCAUGGGAAAGGAACUCCCACGAGGGUUGGAGUAACAUAGGGAGAUGAAACACUGUCUAAGUGUGUCUGGUUUUAUUACAACCAGCUAUAUAAUGAUGAACUUGAGCAUAUAUGUGUUGAGAGAGAGAAAUACACGCAUAUACCAUGUGCAUUCAUACACACGAAGACAAACCAAUAAGUAUAUUAAACAGGGUUUUGACCUUUUCUUUUCCUCCUUUUCCUGUGUUCUUGUUCAGGGGGAACUGUGUCUGUGUCUAAUUGGUAGGGUGGCAGUAAAGGUGGUACAAUAAGGAACCACAGCAAGGAAAUUCACCCCUGGCAAGAAAGGCAAGUCCGUCGAGCAUACAAUCCUGUGGAAAUCCACAGGGCUGGUAACUUCUAGGUUCAGGAAAGCUUUGGAUCAUUGGAUGUACACAUUUUGGCUAGUUUUCUAUGUGGCUUUUUUGUUCUGUUUGGGUAUUUUCUUGGGGGGGUGGGUUUGUUUUGUUGUUUUUUUUUUUUUUGUCCUGCUGUGUUUGGUGAUUUGCUGUAUUGUGUUUGUUUAUGAAGAGGAUGGAUUAUGUAAAACCAGAUGGUCAGUUUUAUUUGAUUUUAUUUUUGUAUGCUGUACUUGUAGUAUUGCUUUUGUAUGCUGUGCUGUUCUCCCGGGGGAAUAUUUGGAUGGGCUGCCAUGCCUCGUGGAAGUCCAGAAGAGAUUCAGAUCAACUUCCAUCUCAUACUUUAUUAGCUGUUAACGUUGGGUUACAGUGCGGAGGCAGAGUUGGACCAGACGGCUGGACCUUCUCAACUCCAACCUUUAAUGCUAAUGUGUGAAAGUAGUUCUAUUAAAGUCAAAACAAACUUGUUUCCCCAUUUAUCAUCAGUUCCCCAUCGUAGUUGUCCCAUACUGCACAGUGCAAAGGAAACCAAUUUGUGUGUGAGGCCAUGCAUUAAACAGUAAAAAAACAAAAACA